AUAAAGAAUUAGGUUCUGUUGUGUGUUGUGUGGAUUGGAUUGCUGAGUAGAAAGUAAAAUCGCUCAUAUUUUGAUUUUAUAGUGUUUUGUAUUUAUAUCUGUUUUCUACUGUGGCGAUAAAUUGAAACUUCGAAUCGUUGAAUUUUUACAAAAGAGAAGAUUGAGUGCAAGUUUUGUGGACUCUGAUAUUAUUGAAAGAUUAAGAAUACUGCAGAAUGUGUAUGUUCCAAUCAACACUCAGGUGACCAUGAUUUUUUAUGACUACCCUAUUGUAUCGAUUGAAGAAAUAACGAUUUCUCUUGUAACUGCCUCUAUCUCUCGCGUUGUCACUGUCAGCUAAAAGAAAAAUCUGUGAUAUUGAUUGAAGGGUUUCUCCAUAUCAACAUUCAGAAAAUGCAGCGUUGGUUUUUUUUGGAAGACCCAGAAAAUGCCCAAACAAGAUAUAACAAGGAUGAAAGCCCUAGUGAGAGUAUCAAAGUUUCUUCCAAAUUGAUUUAUAAAAAAUGGUUAUUCCGAGUAUGUGUUCCACAUUUGAAUCCUGAAGAAUCAGUAUGCGUAACUGGAAGUUCAGAUGAAUUAGGUAAUUGGCAGCCCAAUAAAUGUGUUCCUCUUGAAAAGGAAGAAUCAGAAAUAUGGUCAGUGUGCUUAGAUAUACCUGAUCAUAAAAGAAUAGAAUACAGGUUUUGUGUAUGUAUAGUUAUUGAACCUGGUCUUCAAGUUAUUGUGAGACACUGGGAAACAGCUAUUCACGCUAGAGUCAUAGAUAGCGAUGGAAUAAGCCCAACUAAAGAUGAUGUACCUUUGAGCUAUGGUAUGGUUCAUUCCCAGGAAAAGAUAGAUAGAGGCUGGCUUAAUAAAGAAACUGUUAUACAGCUGAAGUUAUGCAAUAAUCCUUUAACUCUUUGGAGACCUAAAUAUUUGAAAAGAAAAAUUUUUAUUAAAGUGACUCCAGUAACCCUACAACGUCACCAAAAUAAUGCAAGUAACAAUUCUUUAGGAUUUGAUGAUUCAAGAAGUACAGAUACUCUAGAUGCUGAGAAUGGCCCAAAGCAUUCCUAUACAGAAGUAGCAAGUUUGAAUGAUGAAGAUCCUAGUUUUCAUGCGCAAGAGCAGUUUGGAAAAGAAUAUCAUGAAGAUGAAAUGCUUGUAUUUCAGUCCUCUGUGCUUUUUCCUAACAAUAUAGCAUUUUUGAUUGAUCUCUAUAUCUACAGUUCCCAGAGUUCUGAAGGAGAACCCCCAUAUCAUGCUGGGUUUAGCUAUUUGUUACCAAGUACUUUGCAACAGAGUGAAGGAUCAGCAGUUCUUCCUGUUACAAGUACUAAACAAAGGCCUCUUGGUCAAAUUCGUGUACAUUACCUCGUGGUUAAACCAUUGCCGUUUCCUUGUGAUAUGAGUAGAACAUACCAAAGACAUUGGAAUAGAAGGAGAGCCGGACUUGAUGUAGGACAUAGGGGAUCUGGUUCAAGCUUCAAAACGCAAAAUUGUGCUGAAGUUAGGGAGAACACCAUAGCCAGCAUGAAAAAUGCAAUUCACUAUGGUGCAGAUUAUGUAGAAUUUGAUGUCCAGCUGAGUAAAGAUAUGAUUCCUAUUAUUUAUCACGAUUUCCAUGUUUGUAUCGCAAUGAAAAAGAAAAAUACCAUGGGUGAAUCAGAUAUGCUUGAGUUGCCAGUGAAGGAACUCACUUUUGAUCAACUUAGGAUGUUGAAGGUUUACCACUUGACGGAGGGAAAAUCGAAAAAUCCCAGAUUCUUCGAUGACGACCAAGAGGAGCACCAGCCUUUCCCCACCUUACAGCAGGCUCUGGAGGUGCUCAAUCCCCACGUGGGUUUCAACAUAGAAAUAAAGUGGACCAUGCAGUUAUACGACGAAUCCUACGAGCUCUAUCAUCCCACCGAUCUCAACGUUUACCUGGAUACAAUUCUGGAAGUGGUCCUGAGACAUGGCGGUAACAGGAGGAUCGUCUUCUCGUGCUUCAACGCAGACGUUUGCGCGAUGAUAAGAAUGAAGCAAAAUAAAUAUCCUGUGAUGUUCCUGACUCAAGGAGAAACUGUGAUGUAUCCCAAAUAUUAUGACCCAAGAUGUUGGUCCAUUAGAUCCGCCUCACAGUUUGCCACCAUGAUUGAAAUUUUGGGAAUCAAUGUGCACACAGAGGACUUACUCAGAGACCCAUCUCUGAUACGAUAUGCCACCACUAGGGAUCUUAUCAUAUUCUGUUGGGGGGAUGAUAACUCUAACCCUGAAACGAUAAAAUUCCUCAAAGAAUUGGGCUUGCAUGGAGUGAUCUAUGAUAAGAUGUAUCAGUACAAUAGCAAGGAGAUCAAAGAGAGCAUUUUCCUCGCAGAGGCGAGGGAAUCUCACAAAGCCCUACUCAAAGUUGCUGCCCUCAACUAUGAAAAACCACUAUCUCCUCCUCCUCCAACAGCUGUCCUUAAUGACGGUUCCAUUGACAUCGAUAAGAUCAGGCAGAAUAUGGGUGAUAAGUUAUCAACAGCGACAUCUUUGGAAAGUUUGGAAAGCCGUAUGUCUGAUUACGAUAAAUCAGAAACCCUAUAGGUUUCUCUCUGAAGGUGAUACGCCCUCUUGUCUUGUACAAUAUCUGAUAGAAUAAAAUAUUUUCAUUAUUCCAACUUCAACUGAUUUGAAUGCUUUGAGUUCUGGUAAAAUGGAGGUCGGUGAUGAGGUGAAUUUUAUUGAAAAAUAACGAUGAUUUUUAUAGCAAAUGAGCUAUAUUGAAAGGUUUAAAAUAUCUCCAUUUUUCCAGAUUGUCACUGUGUUUGUAUCUCUUGGAUUAUCGGCUUCUUUUCUACGGAAUAUUAUUUUAUUUUAUCCAAGUAAUGUUGAAUUCAUUGCUUUUAUUGAUAUUUUUGUUAACUUCUGAAUAAUCUAUUGCAGAUUUAUGUGAAGUGUUUUAGUAAAAUUAUUUCAGUAUUUUUUAAUGUGGUUAUGAAAUCGGAGAGACAAUGAAGAGAAAAAUCGUAAUAUGCACACAAUAUGCUUUCUGUAUAACGUGAUUAAUGAAUAAAUAAUAUAUUCAGAACAUUGAUCCAUAAAAAAUUCUAAAAGACCUAAGGGAUGUUGGUAUCUGCUUAAACAAUUUGUAGGUAAUAUUUAUUACCACACCAAGAUUUAAGAGAAUUAUCAGAAAAUAAUCCUACACCAGGCAGCAAUUUGAUUGUCUGUGAAAAUACUUGUUGAAUUAGCAAUAACAAGCAAUAUGCAAUGUAUUGUUCUAGAUCUUAUAUUGUGUGCAUUGAUAUUUUAAUAUUUUCUUUAGAAAUUAAAAAAAAACUGAUAAAAAAAUAAAUACUAGGUGAUGCUUUGGCUGAACUUUUUCUUGGUAUUAUUCACGUAAUAUGAUUCAUCAAAUUAUGGAGUUGAAUUCGAAACUUGUUGUUCAAAAUACUUCAUUUAUUUGAACCCUGAGCAGUUUUAUAACUUCAGUGAAUAAUAUUACAUAGUUUGUGAUUUAUAUUUUAUGGGGAUACCAAAAUGUAUUGGGAAUAUUAUAGUGAUAUUUAUAAAUUUAUAUAUUUCUUUUUUUAUUACAUUAUUCUUAUGUUGAUAAAUGAUAAUUAUUUUUAAUUAUUUUAACAAUCUCAAGUUUUUCAAUCUCAAACAUUGUCAAAUAUUAUUUUAUUUAAAACUGAUUGAAAGCUUGAAAACUUAAGUAGAAAUUAUUAUUCUUCGGAAGGUUCACACUCGAUGUAUUAUUUUGUGAUGUUUCAUGAUUUUCGUCAGUGUUGAAAUAUUGUUAAAUAAUUAGAUUAUAUUCAAGAGCCUUAUAGUUGAUGAGGAAUUACAUACAUAUUGUCAGUUUCUUAUAUUCCUGUUUAGAGUAGCAGAUGUUUCAAAAGGCUACUACAUUCAUAUAGAUAAUGUUUGGAAAAAGUCGAAGUCAGUUGAGCAAUUUACUAUGGGGAAAACGUGUGAAGCAGCUUCACAAAUGAAAUAUUGGUGAAAACUCAUUUAUUGGAUAUUGAAAUUAGCUUUGCUUCACCUUAAAUUGUACACAAAAUAUAUUUCUAUCCUACCUAAAUAUAUAAGAACUGGGAAUUA